GUUCUUUGUGUUUCAGGUGGUAAUAUCUGUACUACACGAGGAGUGAACUCAUGUCAGCAGUGCUUAACUGUGAAUCCACAAUGUGCCUGGUGUUCUGAGGAGAACCUGCCACAAGGAUUCUCUCGCUGUGACCUGAAAGACAAUCUUCUUCAAAAUGGUUGUACAAGUGACUUUAUUGAGUAUCCAGUCAGCAACACCCGCAUCCUAGAGAAUAGGCCCCUCAGCAAUAAAGGGUCAGGGAGUGAAAUCACCCAAAUGACUCCACAGAAGAUUGAGCUCAACUUGCGGCCAGAUGACUCCCAAACCUUCACAGUGCAAGUGCGGCAGGUAGAAGAUUACCCUGUAGACAUCUACUAUCUGAUGGACUUGUCCAAUUCCAUGAAGGAUGAUCUUCGUAACAUCCAGAACCUAGGUACCAACCUAGCCUUGAAAAUGCGCACAGUGACCAGUAACCUGAGGAUUGGCUUUGGAGCCUUUGUGGACAAGCCUCUGUCCCCUUACAUGUACAUUUCACCUCCGGAAGCCAUCAGAAAUCCAUGCUAUGACUUGAAACCACCAGAUAACUACUGCCUGCCAAUGUUUGGCUAUAAACAUGUGUUGGCACUUACAGAUGAAGUUCAGCGUUUCAAUGAGGAGGUGAAAAAGCAGAGUGUGUCAAGGAACCGUGAUGCACCUGAAGGAGGGUUUGAUGCCAUCAUCCAAGCUACUGUCUGUGAUGAGAAAAUUGGCUGGAGACCAGGUGCCUCCCACUUACUGGUCUUCACUACAGAUGCCAAAACACACAUUGCUUUAGAUGGGAGACUAGCCGGGAUUGUUACACCCAAUGAUGGGCAUUGCCACAUGGACAGCAACAAUGUAUAUGAAGCUUCAACCAGAUUGGAUUACCCAUCUCUUGGUCUGCUGACAGAUAAACUCUCCCAGAAAAACAUUAACUUGAUUUUUGCUGUGACUCAUGGCAUCGUGGGACUUUACCGGAAUUAUAGUGAGCUCCUUCCAGGCACCACAGUAGGGACCCUGACAAGUGACUCCAGCAAUAUUCUGCAGAUUAUUUUGGAUUCCUAUGGGAAAAUCCGUUCCAAGAUCGAACUGGAAGUACGCAAUCUGCCAGAAGAAUUGUCCCUUUCAUUCAAUGCCACCUGUCUUAAUAAUGAAGUAAUUCCAGGAGUUAAGUCCUGUGUAGGCCUAAACAUUGGUGACACGGUGAGUUUCAGCAUUGAGGCCAAGGUGCGAGGAUGUCCUCAGGAGCAGCAGAAGUCUUUCACCAUCAAGCCAGUGGGCUUUCAGGACAGCCUGACAGUUCAGGUGAACUUUGACUGCGACUGCCAAUGCCAGCAACAUGCUGAGCUUGAUAGUGACACCUGUACACAUGGUAAUGGGACCUUUGAAUGUGGCAUGUGCCGCUGCCACCCAGGGCGACUGGGCUCCCACUGUGAAUGUUCAGAGGAAGAGUACAGCCCAUCUCAGCAGGACAACUGCAGCCCCCGUCAAGGAGAGCCUCUCUGCAGCCAGAGGGGUGAAUGUAUCUGCGGCCAAUGUGUUUGCUACGGCAGUGACUUUGGCAAAAUCUCUGGAAAAUACUGCGAAUGCGAUGACUUCUCCUGUGUCCGCUUCAAGGGGGAGUUGUGUUCUGGCCAUGGAAAAUGUGACUGUGGUGACUGCAACUGUGAUCCUGACUGGACAGGGGCCUAUUGCAAUUGCACCACACGGACUGACACCUGCAUGUCUACCAAUGGCCUGGUGUGCAGUGGACAAGGGCGUGGAUACUGUGCCUGUGGGAAAUGUGUCUGUACCCAGCCUGGCUCUUAUGGAGACACCUGUGAGAAAUGCCCCACGUGUCCUGAUGCCUGCACCAUCAAGAAAGAAUGUGUUGAAUGUAAAAAGUUUGAACGGGGUGUCUUAAUGGAGCAAGAUGCCUGCAGUCGCAACUGCCGGGAUGUGAUUGAGUUGGUUCAGGAACUCGGAGACAAGGGGGAAAAUGCUGUGAAUUGUACUUACAAGGAUGAGGAUGACUGUGUGGUACGUUUCCAGUAUUUUGAAGACUCCAGUGGGAAAUCUAUCCUCUAUGUCAUUGAGGAACCAGAUUGCCCGAAGGGACCCGAUGUUCUGGUAGUUCUGCUUUCGGUGACUGGAGCCAUCUUGCUUAUAGGCUUGGUUGCGCUUCUUAUCUGGAAACUUCUUAUCACCAUCCAUGACCGGCGGGAGUUUGCCAAGUUUGAAGAAGAGCGAGCCAGAGCUAAAUGGGACACGGCCAACAACCCGUUGUACAAGGGAGCUACCUCCACAUUCACCAACAUCACAUACCGUGGAAAUUCAUGAGGGGAGAGAGUUCUGGGGCUUCCCUAUUCAUGUUUACAGAACAGUUUGUGUUGUUUUGGCAAGUGUUUUGUGUGUGAUAUUUGAAUAGCUUUUGCUCAGGUUGUUCAAAAGCCUUUGCUCUUCAUUGUUCUGCUGUCACGUGAGGAUGUUUGCACUGUGAUUCUUCCAAUUACUCUUUUUACCUCAGAACUUCGGAACGAACCCAUACACUGAAAGAGAAAGCAGGACUUGAUCUUCAGUAGGACCAGCACUGUAUAAAUCCUAAGGUGGGGUUAUAGGACACUUUGACUGAAUAAAAGUAGAGGGCAAAAGUACUGAAGUAUGUGAUGUAACUGAUUUUGUAUAAUGAAAUUGGGAAUGAAGGGUUUGGGAGCAAAGUCACCUGAUUUGGAAUUAGUGGAGCACAUUAAGGAGCUGAAAUGUCCACUGUCAAGAUCGACUUGGUGUAGCUGAGCCAGAGAUGCUUGCUUUCUUCUGCUGUCAUCCAGGUCUGCAAGUCUAUGUGUAAGGUAGAUAUAGGAAAGCUUUAAUUACAGCUUGACCACUGUUUGGCAGCAUUUCCGACGCAAGGAACGAUGGGAGAUUUGUAAUUUAUUGCAGAUAAAAGUUUUGUGGAAGGGGAAACAGGGACAUGUUUAGGACUGGCAAGCACUACUGUCAUAUAUGUUGAUAAUAUAAUUGUAACCACAAAAGAAUUGAAUGGGCUUAGAAUUAUUAUUAUUUUUAAAAAAACUGCUUUAAAAAUAUGUAUUGCCGGAAUCUAUUCAAAACUGAUCUCAUUUUCCUUGAGAAGGUCAAAAUAUCCUGUUUUGAAAAUAUUCCUCUUAUUGUCCUUAUUUCCGCAGCAGGAGAUCAUAGGUGUUUGAUAUUUAAUUUCUAGAAAGAAAGAAAGAAAGCAUUGUGGGGGUGUGCAGAAGCACAAGCUUUUCUGAACAUCCUGUGAUGCUAAUCAUUUGUGGCUUUGUCAUGGCAAAGUUUAGUGAAAGGAAAAGAAAAAAAAUAUUCUGCAUAUUUGUACAGGUACUUCUCUUUUCCGUUGUGACUGAACAAUGCUUGAGCCUGAGUCUAUGACCAUUGGCUUGAAAACAUAGCUAUAUAUCCACUCAAUCACUGUAGGGAAUUGAAUAAGUAAUAGUUAAUGAUCCAAUACUUCGAAUUUUAAAAAUAUCUAGGCUGGAAGGGGCCUCUCCUCUCUUUCAGUUUUUCUCUUUCUCAGAACUGUUAGAAUAUUGGUUGAGUUAGUCUGAAAGCCAUGAUUCAGUACAUGUAAAGCAGGGAUUUGAAGAAGGAGCAACAGUCAAUGAUAGAUGGUUACUAUACAAAGAGUUUCAAAUAUGCUCCUCAGCACUUUGGGUUAAGACAACAUCAAGGCUGGAAAGGUCUUCCCUCUUUCUCAAUCUUUCUCUUGCUCUAAGAUAGUGGUUCUUGUUGCACUAAGCGUAUUUCAGUCAAGUCCAAUGCAGAAGACACAAUAACAUUGCACCCAAGCAAGAGGAAAAAUAACAGAAAAAUUUUACUCUUAUCAGCAGAGUUAAAACAUAAACUUGCAAUGUUAAAAAGAGUGCAACAAACUUACAAAGUCUUUGUAAGUAAUGCAGAAUAAGGCUUCUUCAUCUUCAUCCAAAUGAGAAAGCAAUAGAAAUGGUUGAGCAAAGGCUCCUCAGAGCAAAAGCUGAACUGUAUUCUAAAAACCAUACAGUUACACCCCACCAGGUGUGGUCAAACUUACUAGUUGACCUACAUUAGCAGCUACACAUAAUUAACAGCAUAAGGUUUUCUUUAACACACACAUAUACUUGAUCCUGUUACGACUUAUUGUAACAGUUCUCAACCUGUGGGUUCCCAGGUGUUUUGGCUUUCAACUCCCAGAAAGCCUAACAGUUGGAAAACUGGCUGGGAUUUCUGGGAGUUGAAGGCCAAAAUGCCUGGUGACCCAUAGAUUGAGAACCACUACUGUAAGAGUACUCAGAAUGAACAGUAUUGGUUGAGUUGAUCUGAAAGCAUUGACUCAGUACCAGUAAAGCAAAAAAAAAUCUCUUUGCCAAAAUAUUAUGUGUCCUUCUGAAUUGUUAGUGUCCUCUUGUCCCCUUGUUUCUUCUCAGGUUUGACUCAGGGAAUCAAAGAUUCAGCAUUAGAUGAAACACUUCAGUGUCCUGGAUGGUGUAAACAUUGCUUCCAAAAUUGCCCUCAGGUGCCUUAAAGGAGGUGGGGACAUGUUGAAACAACAUGGCUAAGGAACCUCUUCUUUAUGGAGCUUUUUUUAGUAACCCAAGAUGUAUAUAAAUACGGGUAGAAAUACUGCCUCAUUCUGCUUGGGUUGUAAGCUGGUCUGGCAGAAUUAGACCUUUUCACAGUUGGACGUUGUGAAAAGGCUUCAGGAAGGCUUCUGAAAAGUCUCUUGUGGGUGCUUGACUUGUAGAAACCCAUAGUCAUGUCUUAAUAUGGAAAAAGGAACAACUUUAACACCACCCUACCAUCUAAUUUCCAGCCUGUCACUCACACCACUGCUUCCAUUUUGUGUCCUUCAGUACGUACGCAGAAUCCACUCACCACAUCCAGCCAGCUAACUACAUAUUCAAGUCCUUCUCUGAUAUUGUGAGAAGAACCAGUGUUACAGUUAAAACUAUAUGUUUGGUACAUAGGAACACUGUUAUUGUCACAACAUAACAGCUCACAUGGAACCAGUUUGGAUGUUUUUCUUUUUUUUAUUAAUAUAUAUUCCCCACUUUCAUUUCCCCAAGGAUUUCUCAGCCUUUCUCACAUCGGCAAUUCUCUUCGCCCUCUUUGCCAGCAGACAUGGAUUUGGAUUUGGAUUAGGAGAGGUGGCGGGAAGUAAGGCUGCUUAACCCUGGAGCUACAAGAAUAUUUAGAAAGGGCAGGACAGGAUUGUCAUGUAGAUCUGGUAAAUCAUCAUUCUGUUGUGGCAAUGUUGUGGUGAAGACAUACCUGUGGCACAUCCAAAUAAAAUAAAAUAAAAAUCCCACUAA